AUGUAUGUUCUCCUAGUACCUCACAAUGGAGCAACCUCCGAGUGCACCAAGGCGCAUGUGCAGGGGAACCUCUGUACCGCUGUGCUGAGUGCAAGAAGAGCUUUGCCAGGUGGGAUCAUCUCCAGAACCACACGUGUGCAUGCGGGGGAGAAGCCCUUCUCCUGCCCACAGUGCGGGAAGAGCUUCAUCAAGAGCUCCACCCUCACGCAGCACCGGCGUGUGCACACUGGGAAGAAGCCGUUCUCCUGCAGCCAGUGCGGGAAGAGCUUCACACAGAGCUCCAAGCUCACACAGCACCUGCGCGUGCACACAGGGGAGAAGCCCUUCUCCUGCCUGCAGUGCGGGAAGAGCUUCACCGAGAGCUCCACACUCACCACUCACCUGCGUGUGCACACGGGGGAGAAGCCCUUCUCCUGCAGCCAGUGUGGGAAGAGCUUCAAGCGGUCGACGCUCACGCACCAUCUGCACGCACACACAGGGGAGAAACCGUUUGCUUGCACCCAGUGUGAGAAGAGCUUCGCCGAGAGCUCGACGCUCGUGAGUCACCUGCACACGCACACAGGGGAGAGGCUGUUUUCUUGCACCCAGUGCGGGAAGGGCUUUGCCAAGAGGUCUACCCUCACGCAUCACCUGCACAUGGACGAGAAGCCACUCUGCUGCCCUCAGUGUUGGAAGAGUUUCCCCAAGAGGUCGAAACUCACAAAGUACCUGCGCCUGCAUGCAAGGGAGAAGCUGUUUCCUUGCCCACAGUGUGGGAAGAGCUUCAGUGACAGUGCCAUGUUUGCCAAGCACCAGCGCACGCAUGCGGGGGAGAGGCCAUUCUGCUGCAGCCAGUGUGGGAAGAGCUUCACGCACAGCUCCACGCUCACCAGCCACAUGCGCCUGCACACGGGGGAGAAGCCUUUCUCCUGUGCCCACUGCAGGAAGGGCUUCGUUGAGAGGUCCAAUCUCACAAAGCACCAGCGCGUGCACACGGGAGAGAAGCCGUUCUCCUGCACCUUGUGUGAGAAGUGCUUCACCCAUAGGUCAUCGCUCACCAAGCACCAGCGCGUGCACACGGGGGAGAAGCCAUACCGCUGUGCCCAGUGCCAGAAGUGUUUCCGGCAGAGCUGUGCCCUGAGCAAGCACCAGCGAACCCACAAGAGCAGGGUCGUCACAGAGAACAGGGGGCAGUUUCCGUCAUCCUCCCUGGGCCGUGGGAGUGAGGGUCCUGCCCCUGGACUGUAACGCCCCCAGCUCCCUCCUGCAUCCAUGUGGCAUGUCCCACAUGGGAUAUUAUGGUAGCUUCUAGUGGCAGCUGGGACAGAGAAGACGACAGGUGAAGAGUUAAGUAAUGGUGCCAAGUAACGAGGAUAAAAGCUGGGAGGACAAAAAAACAAAGUUGCUCCCCAGAAAGAUGUUCUUUUUUGAACAGUCAGUCCCAGGUUGCUACCUGCAGUAGCAAGUUGACCCCUUCCUUUCCCUUCCUAUGAUGUAUAAGACAUCACCCUUGUCAUCUGUUUUUUCCCGUCCUUGAUUUUUCUUGUCUAGUUCUACAUCAGCCGCGAGAGAACUGGUUUGGAUGGUUUGGAUCAAUAAAGCGAAUAUCCAUGAA